AUGCCCAUGUCAGACAAACCUAAAGCUAAACUGACAGCAGGAACAACAACUGUGUCAGUAGGAGACAGAGUGACACUGAUCUGCUCUGUGGAGAAAUCUGCUGGUUGGAAAUAUGAGUGGUUCAGAAGAACCUCAUAUUUAUCUGAAUACAGACUCAAUGAUGGAGAAAAUGGAGAAAUCAGAGUCUCACAAGGAGGAAUCUACAGAUGUAGAGGAUCUAGAGGAGAACCAGCCUUCUACUCUGAUACAAGUGAUGAAGUCAACAUUUACAUAACAUUUUCCAACAAAGUCAUUGUGACACAGAAACCCAGCUGGUCUCAGAUCUUCAGAGGAGAGACGAUCACUCUGACAUGUGAGGUUCAGGGAGAUGAAGGAGUUCAGUGGAUGUAUGAAUGGAGAACUCCUCAGUCACAGACAUCCUGGAGAAACAAUAAAGACUGGACUAUCACAGCUUCUAUCAGUGGAGAAUACAGCUGUAAGAGCAGAUCCACAUAUUAUUCAUAUCCUUCAACAAACUGGAGUGAAGCUCUAAGUUUAUCUGUUUCAGACAAACCUAAAGCUAAACUGACAGCAGGAACAACAACUGUGUCAGUAGGAGACAGAGUGACACUGAUCUGCUCUGUGGAGAAAUCUGCUGGUUGGAAAUAUGAGUGGUUCAGAAGAACCUCAUAUUUAUCUGAAUACAGACUCAAUGAUGGAGAAAAUGGAGAAAUCAGAGUCUCACAAGGAGGAAUCUACAGAUGUAGAGGAUCUAGAGGAGAACCAGCCUUCUACUCUGAUACAAGUGAUGAAGUCAACAUUUACAUAACAUUUUCCAACAAAGUCAUUGUGACACAGAAACCCAGCUGGUCUCAGAUCUUCAGAGGAGAGACGAUCACUCUGACAUGUGAGGUUCAGGGAGAUGAAGGAGUUCAGUGGAUGUAUGAAUGGAGAACUCCUCAGUCACAGACAUCCUGGAGAAACAAUAAAGACUGGACUAUCACAGCUUCUAUCAGUGGAGAAUACAGCUGUAAGAGCAGAUCCACAUAUUAUUCAUAUCCUUCAACAAACUGGAGUGAAGCUCUAAGUUUAUCUGUUUCAGGUGUGCUGAUGUUUUUAUUAUUUUGA